AUGAAUCUCCACAGGAAAGAGCGCAAGCUAGAAGACGUGUUUCUACAGGAGGCCGAGGCUCAAGCCAGGGCUGAGCUUCAGCUGCGCCAGCACCAACAGCUACAGCUUCUUUUGCAACAGCAACAGCAGCAACAGCAGCAGCAGCAGCAGCUCAUUCCUGGGGCUCACCGUUUCUCCGUUGGCGCAUCCCAUUCACGCAACGCUGGAAGCAAAGCCUCUGCGUUUGAGUUUGAGGCGCCUCAAAAACUGACUCCUGAGGCCCACCGUUUCUCCAUUGGCGUAUCCCAGAGCGCUGGGAGCAGACCCUCUGCUGAGACUCCACUUGGCGUUCCUGCUGCCAUGGGUGCGUCAUCUGCCAUGGGGCGGUCAGGAGCAGGGGCAGAGGCAGGUCCAGAGCGAAUGCAGAGGACCGGCGGGAAUGAUGUUGCAUGGCUGCGAUCACAUAGGCGACCGCUUGAGCAGCAGCAGCCGCCGUCGCAGCCGCCUCAGCCGCCGCAGCAGCAGCAGCAGCAGCAGCAGCAGCAGCAGCAGCAGCAGCAGCAGCAGCAGCAGCAGCAGCAGCAGCAGCAGCAGCAGCAGCAGCAGCAGCAGCAGCAGCAGCAGCAGCAGCAGCAGCAGCAGCAGCAGCAGCAGCAGAAGAAGCAGCAGCAGCAGCAGCAGCCGCUGCCACAGCAGGAGUUGUUGAGGCAGCUGUUGGUAUUAGCAGAGCAGCAAGCACAGCCAGGCAUGGGUGGGGUGUUGGAGGCAUUGGGACCUGGAGAGCAGCAGCAGGGGGAGAGCAGCCAAGCAGAAUCAUGUGUGGCGCCAAUGAAUGUUGCCCGAGUAGGUGUGGGAGGAAUGGGAGCAGUGGGAGGAGUGGGAGGAAUGGGAGCAGUGGGAGGAGUGGGAGCAGUGGGAGGAAUGGGAGCAGUGGGAGGAGUGGGAGGAGUGGGAGGAGGAGAGGGGUCUGUGGAAGAGCUCGCGGCUUUGGAUUGGCUGCCUGCAGCCUCACAUCUCCAUGGCUUGUCUUUCCCGUCCGCGAUUAUGCCUGCUGUGACUAUUCCUGAUCUGACUCAUCCUGAUGUGACUCUGCCUGCUGUGACCGUUCCUGCUGUGAAUAUGCCUGAUGUGACUAUGCCUGCUGUGACUAUACCUGCUGUGACUAUGCCUGCUGUGACUAUGCCUGAUGUGACUAUGUCUUCUGUGACUAUACCUGCUGUGACUAUGCCUGCUGUGACUAUGCCUGCUGGCACCCUGCCUGACUCUUCUCCUGCCAUGCCUUACCUCACCUCUGGGCCUCUUUCCUCUGCUAUUGCCACUGCUCUUGCUGCGGUUACACCUUCCACGUUUGUGCCUUCCAUAGUUAGUCCUCCUCCGGUUACGCCUUCGCUGGUAACACCUUUGAAGGUUAGGCCUCCAGUUCUUGCUGGAUCUGCCGUGUCAACUCCUGCUGCCACGGCUCCCCUAGCCACUCCACAGUACGGCUCUUCAGCUGGUGGUGCCGUUACAUCUCAUGGUCCUUCAGGUGCUGCCAUUCCAUCUCCUAGGCUCCCUCCCCAGUCAAAUCCACCUGCCUCCAUGCCAGCACGCCAGCAGCAGUCCGUCUCCUCCUUGCAGCCGCCUGUCAUUUUCCCUCAGCCCAACUUGGCGCAGCAGCAGCAGCAGCAGCAGCAGCCAUGGGCUACUGGGCUCACCUUUGACCCGCAACAGCAGCAGCCGAUAACCUCUCAUCCUGCCUUUGCCCAGCAGCAGCAGCAGCAGCAGCAGCCUUCGAUUUCUCAACCUUCCUUGAGCCAGCAGCAGGAGGUGGGACCUGGUGCUCUGCCAGGGCGGUCAUUGCAAGGGGAGGGUGCAGGAAGGAGCGAGGAGGACGAUCUGGCACAGCUGGAACAGCUCCGCCAGUUGCUGCUCUUACAGGAGCAGCUUAUAAGGGAUCAACAUGGGGAAGAGGGGCUCCAGUUGAGGAGGCAGGGGUUGGUGGGGAUGAAAGGUGCGGAGUUGAGUGGGAACUUGAAUCAGCAGGUGGAGUCAGAAUGGGAAGUGGAAGCAGAGCAUGAGAUGCAGUGUCGCUCGGAGGAAUAG